GGCAUCACAGUGAUCAUCAUUGGUCUGGGUUAUGCAGGGUCUGUUGCGGCCAUCGAAUGCCAUCGAAAAGGUCACAAAGUCAUUGCGUUCGAGCAGGCUCCGGAGAUCAAAGCGUUAGGUACGAUCUCCGGCUACGUCACCGAAACGUGCGACUAACAUGGACAGGGGAUGUGAUAGGUAUUACAGGCAACGCGGCGGGCAUCAUCUCAAAAUGGGGGGAUGGCAAGGUGCAUGCUCAGUUGGAACCAAUCUUGUGUGACUAUGCGCGGAUGAACCUAUACACGCACACGGGCGAAUACUUGACCGGACAUACCAUGCUCGGUUACUCAGCUGGCUCUGGCUACGCAGCGUAAGUUCAGUAUGGACCGACCCGUGAGUACAAACACUGACCGAUGCAGCAACCGAGGUGACCUGCAGGUCAUUUUUUAUAAGCACAUUCUGGAACUUGGCAUCGAUGUGCGGCUUGGUCGUCGUGUGACCGACCUUUUCGAGGAUGAGAACGAGGCAGGAGUCGUGGUCAAUGGUGAGCGAAUCGUGGCCGACUGUGUGCUGGCCUGCAACGGUGUCCACAGCAACUCCAGAAGCUUUAUCAUAGGUCGGAGUGACAAGCCCAUCGCAACCGGCUAUGCCGUAUUCCGCGCCUGGUUCGAUGGGAAGGAAGCAAGAAAGGACCCCAAAUUAGCUUGGGCUUUCGAGGGCAAACAUGACAAGAUGGAGACCUACAUCGGCCGCGACGUCCAUUGCAUCAUCGGCACAGGUCGGCGAGCCCAGGACAUUGUUUGGACGUGCACUCACAAGGACACCUGGGAUAUCGCAGAGUCAUGGUCAUAUCCGGGGAAAAUAGCGGACGUGCUGAAGGUCGUGGAGGGUUGGGAUCAACGGAUUAUUGAUCUGGUCAAGUGGACGCCAGAGAGUCAACUUGUUGACUACAAACUGGUCUGGAGGGACCCACUGCCUGGUUGGACGUCCAAACACGGUCGAAUGAUCCUUUUGGGUGACUCGGCCCAUCCAUUUCUUCCCACAAGCGGGCAGGGCGCGGGGCAGGCCGUUGAGGAUGCAGGAACCAUUGCAAUUUGUCUUGAAAUGGCCGGUAAAGACAGGGUGCAGCUCGCACUCAAGACCUGUGAGAAGAUACGGUACGCUCUGGCCUCGAGUGCUCGGCAACCAAUGAUGUGGACGCUAACUAUAAUCAGAUAUGCUCGGGCAACCCUGGCACAGAAAAUCGGAAUCGAAACCCGUGAUGCAUGGCACAACUUCGAUGUGGAAGAGUUCAAGAAAGACAAACGCUCAAUCGAGAUGCCUCGUCCAGAUUGGCUGUUUGGCCAUGAUCCUCAGGAAUAUGCCUAUGAAGAGUUCGAGACAGCGGCGAACGCAGUGCUGACCGGCGGACCGUACACACCCCGAAAUGUUCCGCCGCCGGGAGAAAGCCAUCGGACUGGAGACUUCACGGGCAAGAAGAUCAAGGCGUGGGUGGAUUAUGACAAAGACCGCAGGCAGGACGUCCCACUCCGGGCAAAAUUGUAGUCAAACGUGCAUUGGGUACUCAUUCCGAAGUAAUUUCAGCAUACCAAUGCGGAAUGAGUCCAACGACUCGACGUGCUCCUGUCUCUUUCUCCUCGUUGUCCGGCAUGUUAAGGAGAUGAGUGCUGUUGGAGGUCCCGUGCAUAGUCAGGCCGGUAGAGGUUAAGCUCGUCGCUGGUGUAAAGGUCGUGAUGGGUACGAGGGUCGAGGAACCAGCCAACAUGCCAGGAUGCUACGGCUGGUGAUGGAAGGAAAUGGCUGUACAUGCCACAGCGAAGCUCAAAGCGGCUGUUAAAGCAGACUGCGGUCAAAAC